UGACUCGCAUGACUCGCAUGGCUCGCACCGUGGCUCGCAGUUUUAGCAGACGCAAAACACUACUCCCGUACCGUGAACUGGUAGAAUGGCAUUAGACGCCUCACUCAGGAAUAUCUAAACUAUAGAGGCCAGAGUCAAGCCGGGAAAACAAAAAAAGCAAAAUGUUUGCGUCAAAGGCCUAAGAAUGACUAAGGAAGUAAACAGAAAGUACUCUUCAAAUUUGCAACGAUAAAUAACUGCCAAAGCCACUAGUGUCUGUACACAACGGCAUAACCGCGUUCUCUCUCUCAGUCGAACACAACAAAAGAUCAUAAAGCGCCGAAAACUAAUUGUACACCAUCAUCAGUAAUUAAUAGUUUUUAAUGAUCUCUUGGGUAUUUGUAGACUGAACACAACAAAGGUAAAUGUAUGUACAGUGAACUGAACUGAAUUCAACUUUCCGCAAACCUAGAUUUCCUGAAGGAUGACCACAAUUUAAAAAGUCCCAUAUUUUGUCAACUGUUAUCGAAACAGUUAAAUGAUGGUAUGCAUGCAGAACGGUAAAAUAUCAGAAAAAACCACCUUAGUAAAUGUUUCAUACACUUUGGUUUAAUUAGUUAACAAGUUAAUCACAAAAUAAACAAAGAUCACUUUACAUGAAACUUAAUAACCUGUGUGAGAGCAAAGGAAUGUGUCAAUGAACUGCGAGCAUCCUAUGUUCGAGAAUUUAAUUCAAUGAAGACGGUACUCUAAUGCCUGUGCUCUUAUUUUCGUAUGGCUAAAUCAUGCCUGUAUGCUCUUGUUGUUCUAUAUUCGUCGCUGAAAGGAACUUGCGGUGUAAAUUAUCAGUGUGAAUUGCUUGAGGAACGAACGUGCUUCGGAUCAAGCUUGGACUAUAACUUCACAACAACAGACUUGGUCACAGAUUCUCAAACACAACCAGAAAUCAGGGACAAUUUAAAACGUUGGGAAGGCUUGAAAUUCUUGUCAAGGUGUUGGUCGGUUCUUCAGCCACUUUUAUGUCAAGUUUAUAAACCGCGUUGCCACAAUAGCAGCGUUCAGUUGCCCUGUCGGGAACAGUGUCUUGCUACAAGGACUCCUUGCUAUGUUGUGAAACGCUACAACGAAGACUGGCCAGAGUUUUUAAAAUGCGAACGGUUUCCCUUAGGAGGCUGCAAAGGUGGCUCGAUAACUGAACUUCAUCUCAAUGAAUCUGCUUGCAAGAGGCCCUUGGUUGAAACAAACCACACAUCCAGCUGGUAUGAAGGAAUAGAAGGGUGUGGAAUUCAGUGUGAAAAUCCUAUCUUCACCAGUGAGGAACACACAAGAAUUCACAGAUUCGUUGGAGCAUUUGGAAGUCUUUCAUUUACGUGCAGUCUUUUUACAAUGAUAACAUUUCUGAUUGGCUGGAAGUCACAGAAUCGCUAUCCAUCAGUGAUCCUCUUUUACAUGAACAUAUGUUUCUGUGCAGCCUCAAUGGGCUUUCUUGUUCAAUUUGCUGAUGGGGCCAGAAACCGCACUGUUUGUCGACAGGAUGAUACAAUGAGGCUACAGGAACCAAGUGAGAAUGACUGUUUUCUCUGUAUUUUAACCUUCGUCUUGGUGUACUACUUCUCAAUGGUUGGUGCUGUCUGGUUUGUUAUCCUGGCCUUUUCCUGGUCCAUCUGCUUCAAGUCUCUUGGCAGCACAAGAGAUAAUUUUGCUGGGAAAGUGGUAUACUUUCACAUCAUAGCCUGGACGUAUCCUCUCACCCUGGCAAUUAGUGUUCUUGCUCUGAAACAGGUUGAUGCUAACUCUUUAAGUGGAAUCUGUUUUGUGGGGUAUAAGAAUCCCAGCAUGAGAGCAAUCUUCUUGUUGGUACCUUUAAGCCUUGAUUUACUUGUAGGAGGGAUCUUCUUAACACAAGGACUUGUAACUCUGUGUAAACUACGCAGAUCAAAUCCUAAUUUUCUAAGUAACAGAGCAGCACAUAAAAUAAAAGAGACUAUAAUAAGAGUGGGUAUCUUUUCCUUCACAUCAUUUCUGACAGUAUUUACAACCUUUGCCUGCCAUGUUUAUGAAUAUCAUAACCAAGCAAUUUGGGAAGAAAGCUACAGGAAUUUUAUCAAGUGUAUAGCAGAGAAGUCAGCACAAGGACAGCCAUGGAAAACAGUGUGUUCAGUAAAUGAACGUCCUGAUUUAAGUGUCGUUGAGCUGGAACUAGCCUCAUUAUUUGGAACAGGAAUUGCAAUGAGCAGCUGGACCUGGACUUCAAACACAUUACAGACCUGGCAAAAAUUAUGGCGCAGAAUAACACGGAAAAACAGGCAUCCAGAAUUAAGUCAUUACAAAUUGAUAAGAAGGAUGAAGAAGAAUCAAAUAGGACCAGCAGUGUUAUAUCCUGCUAUUCCUGAGGUGCAUGUGGAUGCCAUAAUGAAGAUGGGUGAGACCAUUCAAGCUCAGAGUUCAGUUCGCCACGGAUAUACACCAAAAAAUGAAAAUGAAGAGCCACUUAAACUUAAGAGUAUUACUGAAUUAACGCCUCAGGAGAAAUUCAGUUAACAACUGGACUAUGUACAUUGUAUCACAGGAUAAAAUAUUUUAUUUAUAAAUUCUGAAGGAAAACAUUUUAUAAAUUAUAUUAUUAUAAUUAUAAACCUAUUUGCACUUUUUUAUUUACUAAGCUGUCCUUUACAUAUCACAAGCAUUUCAUUUGCUUUUAGAAUAAACAAUGCGAAGACUUCUAAUAAUUAGUUUGACAUCAUAGUUAAUUACUACUAAUGUUGGUGCAGUAUUUUGUUACGCACAUAAACCAGCAAACACAGACGACCUGUGUGUGAAAUUAAAAUAAAGACUUACAUGACAUUGUAAGAUUCAGAAAUUACAACCAGCAGAUCUUCUCAUUGAAUUUCAAGGUGUGCUAGGAUGAAAACCAAUCGUAAACUCUGUGAACACAGCAAGAGCUAAACAAAAUCAUGAUAUUAUUGUUAAAAUAUUUAAUAUUUAAUUUACAUUGAAAUGGACAUUCUCAGCUUUUCUUUUCUUACCAGAAGUGAGAUAUGUGUAUAAAAUUGUGCUUGUGUGUAUACUUGUAAUAUAGUACAGGGAUGAAUGAUAGUUUGGAAAAGCUAUUUAGCAUAGCUAUGCCAGGUGCUUAAACAGACUUGUAAGGACUGUUUGUCUAUGAAUACUCUUAAGUCUACUGAUUUUGUAUCAGUCUAUUUGCAAACAUAAAGGCUGCAUGUAAUGUAUCAAGGCGUAACCAUGUGUGUAUUGACCUUAUGACAUACAAAACACCUAGUCAUGUACCUCAACAGAGCCCACAGAUCGAAGUUAGAGGUGUGCAUUUUUUUGGCAAAUGUUUUAUAUAGUGGCACUUAUUACUGUAUGUUAUGUAUAGAUUUCAAGUUUACUGUUUUGAUGAUGUAAACUAUGAAUCAAAGCCAAAAUUAUUUAAAAGUAAUAAAAAGAAAUAACAAUCUGACUUUUA